UAUUCUGGGAUAUCACUGCUCGCACUCCGCUAUAGGAAACGUGUUUCUUUGGCGUUUUUUACUCGCAAAUGUGAGGAAGAUCUUUUCAUGCUGAGAGGGAUCAGGGGGUUAAAUGUGGAAGAUAUUUCCCCGGACCUCCUCUUUACCACGAAGCCGCUGGUGAUAAUGUUCUCGGUGUGUCGCCGCUGGGCUCCGUCGGAUCCGGUUUCCUUCCAGCGCCGCCGGAGCUGAGAGCCCUGGAUGUGCUCGGCCUGCUGGCAGCGGCCUCUCGGGGGGAUCGUCUUCAAGGGGUCUUCUUCUGUCUUUCGCAUGGCCGAGAUCUGUUUUUUCCCGCCGCUCCGCUGAAGUCGCAUGGCCUAAAACGCAAAUUAAUAUUUUUAUGAGGCGCCUCGCAGCAGAGAUGGGCCAGGACCAAACCAAGCAGCAGAUCGAGAAGGGCCUGAGGUUGUACCAGUCCAAUCAGACAGACAAAGCUCUGCAGGUGUGGACUAAAGUGUUGGAGAAGACCUCGGACCCCGGAGGGAAGUUUCGUGUUUUGGGAUGCUUGAUCACAGCUCACUCAGAAAUGGGGAAAUAUAAAGAUAUGCUUAAGUACGCCUUGGAUCAAAUCGACACGGCCCGAGAAAUGGAGGACCCGGACUACCUGACCGAGGGCUACUUGAACCUGGCGCGCAGCAACGAGAAGCUCUGCGAUUUCCACAAAACGGUGUCCUACUGCAAGACCUGCCUGAACAUGCAGGGCACCACCGUCAGCUUGCAGCUCAACGGCCAGGUGUGCCUCAGCAUGGGCAACGCCUACCUGGGCCUCAGCCUCUUCCAGCAAGCUCUGCAGAGCUACGAGAAGGCGCUGCGCUACGCACACAACAACGACGACAAGAUGCUGGAGUGCAGGGUCUGCUGCAGCCUGGGGAACAUCUACAUCCACCUCAAGGACUACGAGAAAGCUCUGUUUUUCCCCUGCAAGGCGGCCGAGCUGGUCAACGACUACGGCAAAGGCUGGAGCUUGAAGUAUCGCGCCAUGAGCCAAUACCACAUGUCAGUGGCCUACAGGAAGCUGGAGCGCCUGCCGGACGCCAUGGAAUGCUGCGAGGAGUCUAUGAAAAUUGCUUUGCAACAUGGCGACCGUCCUCUGCAGGCCCUGUGCUUGCUAAACUUUGCAGACAUACAUCGCUGCAGGCAGGACUUUGAUAAAGCGUUCCCUCGUUACGAGUCAGCAUUGGGCAUCAUGAUGGAGAUUGGGAAUCGUUUUGGACAAGGCCACGUGCACCUGGCUGUGGCAAAGUGUUGGCUUCUGCUGAAGGAGUAUGAUAAGGCUCUGGAGUCCUUAGAGCGAGCGCAAGCGCUGGCAGACGGAAUGGGAAACAAGCUGUGCAUGCUGAAAGCCCACUGCCUGAGGGAGGGCAUCUACAGGAGCCAGGGGAGGCAAGAAGAGCUGCGCGAGCAGGUGGUGAAGUUCCUGCAGUGCGUGGAGGAGCUGGAGCUCUACUGCGGCAUGUGCGGCGAGUCCAUCGGGGACAGGGACCAAAAGCUGCAGGCCUUGCCCUGUUCCCACAUUUUCCACCUCAAGUGUCUGCAGACUAAUGGGACAAAAGGCUGUCCCAAGUGCUUCAAGAACUCCAUGAAGCCUGGGUUUGUGUGAGUGUGCUGGCGUGUUUGUGUCCACGGAAGUCCAAACGCAGCACGUUGACGCCUCACAGGUUGCAUGAGCAGCCUCGGGUGAGUGAAGUGUUUGAGGAGGGUCGAACCUGUGACCAUGUGCGAGAAGGAUGCUGAACUGAAGUGGGAAGUCCUCAAUUGGAGGUAUCUUCUUUACUGACCUCGGUCUGGAGUGACUGAGGAGGACAGUGGAGGUCAAAGUGCCAUUUACAAGCCGGAAUAGUCCCACUCUGUCUGUAGAGAGGAGCAUGGACCCUAUUCAGCACAUUUUCAACUUAGCUCCUGCUAUCCUGUGCAUUAUAAGAAUGACUUCUUUGUUAUUUACACUUAUUUAUGCAUAUUAUCAGGUUUCUCAGACGCAUUUUUCUUCUUGUACAUACCAUCAUGUAUUGCAAAAACUUAACCAGACUCAAGUCUUUACUCAACAUGUACACGCAGCUCUUUUCUCCUUCUUUUUGUUUUUUUAAACUGAGAUCAAGGCGCCGAAUGGACACACGUCAUGUUCUUCAAAACAAUUCCUUGCUCUCUGUUCUGAAUGUCGACGAGGAAAACUACUGGUUGGUUUAACGCGGGGUUGUCAUGUUUGUAGUCAUAUGUAAAUAGUUAUCACUUGACUGGAGAAAGUGAAGGAGAGUCCUGAGCUUUCGGAGAACGGAAGACUGUGCAUGUCAAUGUUGUUGCAUGUUUUGUUGACUAUAAAGCAGCGAGCAACGACAGUGAACAAUCACAUUCUCUGUGGUUGUGCGUUUAUGUGAGCAUUUGCAUUGAAUUACAUUAUUUAGAUUUAUGUUUUUCUUAUACAGUGGUACCCCAAUUCAAGAGAGUUUUAAGACAAUAAUCUCUCGGCUAAUUGUUAUGCUUUAAAUUGCAAGCAAAAAAUUAAGUUACAAGCCUCAUGGUCAUUAGCUGGCAUAGCAAAUGCCGCAGUGAACUCCGUCAGAUCGGCCCAAAACAUCUGAUCUUACUCACGAGCAAAGAGAUCGACAUAACUUUGUUUUGCAACCAUGGACAGUGCUGAGAAGAAAAACCGGGUUAUAUUUAUUGAAUUAAAAACAUGACCAAUUCGAGCUUAGCACUGCUAGUUUGCGCCAUACUGAAGCACAAUGAGUCCAACGCCAGCCAAGAAUGUUAAAAUAAUAUCUAAACAGCCGUCAUUUAUCCAUAAAACUAUGCAAAAGCUGCAGAUGGAGAAACAGCUGAAAAGGAAUACCACAGAAGUACUACUACUGUACAUUAUUAUUACAUUACUUCAAAAUACUACUGCAGUUGUUAGCCGUAUAUUCUAUUGUAUUUAUACAAUAUUUCUUAUCUAAGUUUGUUUUCUUUUUAAAAGGCAGAUUAAAACUGCUAUUACGGAGGUUCCACGAACCAAUUAGUGAUUUUAAUUCAUGUCGAUUUGGGAUGCAAGUGUGUUGAGUUAAGUGGUCCUUCACAGAAAAAAACAAAUAAGCUUGUAAGUUGAGGUACUACUGUAUUUAUUUUUUAACAUUGUGAUCGGAUAAAAUAUCAGAGGCUACUGAUCAUAAUGCAUUGAUGUAGUACGCCACUGCAGACUACAACCACAGUAUUACGAAUCAUUUCAUUUAAGACCCAAACUGGGUAUUAUCAUCUUUGCAUUGUGUUUUGAUACAGUGCUUGCAUUGGAUCUAACAGUGUACCUACUAUCGUGUGCUUGAUUUGAAACCAUUUUCAAGUUUUCAUAUUAGGACUAUAGGAAGCCAUCACAAAGCCCUAUACAUUUUUGUUUAGAAGAAACCAAACUUUACUUCGGAAUAAACUACCUCUGUGUCCUGACAUUUUGACAAAAGCAAGGGUUUUUUUUUAAAGGGAGGUGGCCUCCUGGAGUAGGGAAGGCACAGUAGUUCGAGGAAAAAAAUGUUUGCAAAUUAUGGCAAAAGAAAAAAAUGAAUGAGAGAGGAAAUAGUCUAGGAUGAGCAGAAAAGUCUAAAUAAUUAGAGAUUAAAAAAAACAUUUUGUGGAGGGGUAUUGGAGGCCCUGUUGUAUUACAUUCUCUGAGAGGCCACAUUUUGAAGAACCCUAUUCUAAAGGUAACAUUUUAGUUAUACUUAUCUCUGCCAUUGUGUUUGCAUACAUUACAUGUCUGCCUCUCUCUUGCUAUAUUAUGUGUUCAUUUGUAUAAAUGUAUUCAGUUGUCCAGUGUAUUGUAUCUUGUUUACAAAAUAA